UGCGUUCCGCGUGUGUGCGAUACCGCGCCGGGCCGGGUCAGGCCUGAAAUUACGAAAUAAAUUGCGGGCCACUCACCUGUAGACCCGAUCUCAAGGGUAACGUGAUAGCCGGGAUCGUCGAGUAGCAGUUGCAUAGUAGUCAACGGACGUGUUGUCAGUGAGUUCUGCGAGCCGGCGAUCGAAGGUAGUCGGCCACAAAUCAGACCGCCGUGAUCCUGACCAGUUGUCGCUGCACAGUCACCCUGGACAUCUUCGGUGGAUCUUCAUAAGGGAAUGUUGUGCAAUUCCCGAAAUUGGGAGUGAUCGAGUCUUGCUUCGGGAACAGGAAAGACGAAAUCGAAAGACACGAUGAUAUUCACGAUCUUCAUGUUACUGUUUCUGCACUUCUUAAGCUUCGUUUGCAAACCUUUCUCUGCGCUAAUCCGCAUCGUCAAGCCACCUCGAUUACCACCGAUCACCAAUUCAUUAUUAAAAGAAAGUGCGAGUUCGUUGGCUGAGAAGAUCAGAAAUAGGAAGCUGUCCAGCGAAACGCUAGUGCGGGCAUGCAUCGACCGGAUCAAAGAGGUGAAUCCUUUUCUGAACGCAGUAAUCGAGGACCGAUUCGACGAGGCAUUGACGGAUGCGAAGAAGUGCGACGCUAUACUGAAGAGCGGAAAAAUGACCGCUGCUACGCUGGAGAAGGAGAUGCCGCUUUUCGGUAUACCUAUCACCGUCAAAGAGAGCUUGAGCCUAAACGGAAUGAGCUACACAGGAGGCAAUUUUGAUCAUAAAGGUCGAAAAGCUUCUAGGAACAGUCCAGCAAUAGAGAUGUUGUUAAACGCCGGAGCGAUUCCAUUGUGCGUGACAAAUACGUCGGAGCUUUGCUGUUCUAUUCACACCUCGAAUGUUCUGACCGGAGCGACGAAUAAUCCGUAUGACACCAGGAUUUCGCCUGGAGGAUCCUCAGGCGGAGAGGCAGCAUUGCUUGGUGCUGGAGCGUCUGUGCUUGGCAUCGGCUCGGAUUUAAUCGGUUCCAUAAGGAUACCGAGUCUUUUCAGUGGCGUUUUUGGUCACAAACCUACCACGGGUAUCAUAUCAAGCGAAGGACACUUUCCCUUUAAUCCUGACCCCACGUUCGUAAAGUUAAUAGUCUUUGGGCCAAUAGCAAGACACGCUAAGGACCUGCGACUUGUUAUGAAGAUUUUCACGUCGAACUUCAACGAGUUGUCGCGUUUCGACGAGCCCAUUGACCUGAAGACGGUCCGAGUAUUGUACAUAGAGAAGAUGGACACUAUUUUUGAUAUAUACAACACUACGUCGGACAUAAAGGAAAAGAUUAAGGAUGCCGCACGACACUUGAGAGGGAUCGGCGCGCACGUGGAACAACUGUCGCAAGAGUACGUGAAGUAUUCACACUUGUACAUGCUAGCUACAAUCUGCGAUAUACAAGUGCCUGAUGAGAUGAAUAUUCCUAAUGGUGACAAGAUAGCCCUGAUGUUGAUCGAGUUCUGUAAGGCGUUGCUGGGAUUAUCGAAGUAUUCGGCACAAUUGGUGUUAUCAACGAUAUUUACGGAGCAAAAUGCCUUCUUGUCGCCGAAGGAGAAACAGCAAUUGAACGGCGAAAAAGAGAUCCUUCGUGAAAAGCUGAACAUUCUGUUGGACGAAAGAACCGUAAUUUUACUGCCGACGUUCACGCAACCAGCGAGCUACGCUGAAGACGUUGUCCUGAAAACUGAUUGUACAACAUACGCCGCGUUAGCCAAUAUCAUGCAGUUUCCAGCGACACACGUGCCGAUGGGUUUAAACAAAGACGGUUUACCUGUCGGAUUCCAGGUGAUGGCUGGCUGCAAGAACGAUCAUCUUUGUCUGGCGAUCGCUGAAGAAUUAGAGAGAGCGUUUGGAGGCUGGGUGCCACCCCCGUAUUGAAUUAACGUUUCAACGCUUUUUACAGUCUUUAAUGUAGUUUAUAAAUGGACUGACUUCCAUUUUUUCUAACAACUGUUUUAUAACAACUGAAGGAUUUAUUAUUAGAUUAGAAUAUAAUAUAUACAGCGAUUUAAUUCGAAAAUGCAUGGUGUAAAUUAUAAAAUAUAUUUAGUAAUUGUAAAUGCUGUACUGUUGUAAUUACCGUACAGCUUAAAUUUGGCUUUAAAAGCGGCUUUGAUUGCUCGAAUUUCGCUGAAAUGAAAGUAUUCACAAAUACUGUUGAGAAGACACACUCUGCGUUCGGUCCUAUAGGAGAAUUUGAGACGAAAUUUGAGACAUUAUCCCAAAAGUUGCAGGCAAACCUUGUAAAAAAAAUUCCUAGCUCUUUUUCGUGGAACAUAUAAUGAUCCAACGAUUGGUAAAAGAAAUGCGGUUCGAUAUAGCAGAGGCGGACGAGCGAAGAUAUACCGUACAAUGAGAAGCGUUUCGAUCACGAGCAUAAGUCCGUGCCGGGAAUAGCAGGCUUGCUAAUAGCGCAACGAUUUAUGAAGAUUUCAGCGCGCUGACUGGCGAGACCGAGCGUGGAGCGACCCUCAAAGUUGAUUAAUGAACGAGCCCCCCGAUCGGUUCGAUUAAACCAGUGUAAACGAAAGGCCGACUGAUAAAUAUCUGCCGAUAUAAACGUCGGCAUUACGUCGUGACUUCUCGCAUAAAUCAAAACGCCGCGUCGGCGACGGGGACGCGCGUUAACUCGGCGAACACGCGUAUUGUUGCGCCGAUAUUUUAAAUAAUGAACCCGCGAUAAUCGAAAAUACAGUGAGAAUUCAUUUUCUCUGAUGGGAGAAGGGCGACCAGAUAAUGACGCGUCAGAGUUCAUAGAUCAUCGGACAUGUCCCAUCGAACUGACAGAAUUAUUUUAUUAACUGUUAAUGGAAUGUAGAUGUUUAUGUGAUCCGGGCACGUGCAAAUUUAUGAAAUCCGAGAAUGCUAUCUCUGCUAUGUAAUGAUUCCGAUCGUUCUGCCCGUUUCAAAGAAACAUAAUCUUGAUCUAUAUAAAGGAGGAUAUCAUGUUAACUUGGAUAAUGGAGAAAUUACACAAUAAAGUUAAUAAUAAUAAUAAAGAUAAUUAUUAUAAGUUA